UCACACCACCAUUUUGAUUGAUGUAACCGUUUUGUAAGCUUUAGAGAUUGGGUAGCGCUGAGGUAUCUCCUACAGCUCUUGCUUCUCACCGCGAUCGUCAUUGACUGCAUGUGAGAGGUAUGGUGAUCGCUCGCUCGGGCACGUGGGUUUUCCCCUGGGUACUCCGGUUUCCACCCACAUAAUGACCCCCUAGCGCCAGCAUCCGUACAUCAAAGGAGAGAAUGGAAUGAUUGUAUAUUGUUUAACGUCCCUCUGGAGAAUCCUUCACUCAUAUGGAGACGUCACCAUUGCUGGCUAUGAUGAGAUUUGAAGUAUCAAUACCUUCAAGAUGGUGUAUGAUUUUGAUGUGAAGGAAUUCUGCCAAAAUUUGAAGGCAACCAAGCCCCCAUAUGAGUGUCCAGUGAGAUCAUGUGGGAAAAUCUACAAGAGUUAUUGUGGAAUUCAGUUUCACCUGUACAACUUCGAUCAUGACAAUCCUGAGAACAACUCGCCUUCUCCCGGGAAGAAGCCAGGAAAGAAAAAGACCAAAUGGGGCCACCACAGAUCAAUUCGGCGUUCCCCUACGCCACCAGAAUUUGUUGUCCCUCAACGAAGAGAAACUCUAACAUAUGCUGAGGCACAACGACUGGUAGAAAUUGAUUUGGAGGGAAGACUUCACAGAAUAAAUAUCUAUGAACCACUAGAAAUCAUCACACAAGAUGAAAUUGACAACCACAACAACACAGAAAAAGAGGAAAAGGCAGAAAAAAUACCUCUGAAACCAAAAAUCUGUGAAAAUCAGAAAUCUCGAAAGGAACCAACAGCUCCCACUCAGUCUACAGUUAAACUACCCGAGGCACAGUUCAAAGUAAUAGAUGAUUAUAUCAAACCAAACAAGAUCUCGCCGCGACAGAACUCGUACUAUCGCUAUAUUGAGAAGUCGGCAGAUGAGCUGGAUGAUGAAGUGGAGUAUGAUAUGGAUGAAGAGGACCAUGCCUGGUUGGAAAUUCUGAACAAAAGUAGAAAGGAGGAUGGAAUAACCCAGGUGAAACAGGGAGACUUUGAAUUAUUGAUGGACAGAUUUGAGAAAGAGGCUUUCUUCCAAAGUCAGACCACAGGGAAGGAUCUAGGUCCUUCAAUUGAUGAGGAUGCAGUGUGCAAUAUUUGUCAGGAUGGCGAAUGUCAAAACAGUAAUGUGAUCUUAUUUUGUGACAUGUGUAACUUAGCCGUGCAUCAGGAAUGUUAUGGUGUUCCUUAUAUUCCUGAGGGACAGUGGUUGUGUCGACGGUGUUUACAAUCUCCAUCAAGAGCUGUGGACUGUUGUCUCUGUCCGAACAAAGGUGGGGCGUUUAAACAGACAGACGAUGGCCGAUGGGCACAUGUUGUGUGUGCAUUAUGGAUUCCAGAAGUAGGAUUUGCAAACACAGUGUUUUUAGAACCCAUAGAUAGUUUUGACAAUAUUCCGCCUGCUCGAUGGAAAUUAUCGUGUUACAUAUGUAAGCAACGAGGUACCGGGGCAUGCAUUCAGUGUCACAAAACAAACUGUUAUACAGCAUUUCACGUCACAUGUGCGCAGCAGGCGGGGUUGUAUAUGAAAAUUGAACCUAUCAAAGAAUCUAAUGCUAGUGGAUUGACAGUUAGUGUGAGAAAGACCGUGUAUUGUGAUGUUCACACGCCAGCAGACUCGGACUGCACCCCAUGUCUUACAGGGGCAGACAGUUCGGAAGAUGAUAGCAAGUCUGCGAAAAAGGCCAAGGAAAAGUCCAAACUAAAGAUGAAGAAAGCCCGCAAAAUUUUAGCGGAGAAACGCAAUGCUCUUCCUGUUGUGUCUAUACCCAUAAUUCCUCAGUCUAGAUUGUCAAAGAUUGCCGGUAUGAUAAGUUUAUCCAAGAAACAGCCAUUCCUGACCAAGCUGUUGAGUUACUGGACAUUGAAGAGGCAGUCGAGAAAUGGUGUGCCCCUACUAAGAAGACUCCAGUCAAAUCACAUGACAAGGAACAAACACGAGACAAAAAAUGAUAAGCAGAGUAAUGCACUUAAGGAACAACUCAAAUACUGGCAGAGGCUGAGACAAGACCUAGAGAAGGCAAGGCUUUUGGUAGAACUAAUCAGGAAACGGGAAAAACUCAAGAGAGAGCAGCUUAAGGUUCAUCACAUGGCUAUGGAGUUGCAACUUCAACCAUUUGCUGUGUUGUUACGCUCAACUCUUGAGCAACUUGUGGAGAAAGACUCGUCAAAUUUCUUCACGGAGCCCGUGUCCCUUGAUGAGGUCCCAGACUACCUUGACUACAUAGACAAGCCGAUGGACUUUGAGACAAUGCAGACCAACAUAGACAAUCACAAGUAUUGCACAAUGGACGAGUUUGAGGCAGACUUUGAACAGAUCAUCAAGAACUGUAUGAAGUACAAUGCCAAAGACACUGUUUUCUACCGAGCUGCUGUGAGACUGCGAGAUCAAGGUGGUGCUGUGAUCCGAAAUGCCUGUCGUACCGCAGAGAGAGUGGGUUUUGACCCGGCCACUGGACUACAUAUGGAGGAGGUACCAACAGUACCAGAGCCAGUUGUUUUAGAAGAUAUUGAUAGUUUUCUUGAAGACACAAAAGAAGGCAUGCCUCUAGAAGAGCAACUAAGAAUAUUGCUUGACAAAAUGGACAUGGCAAAUGCAUCUAGAAAACCUGGAAAAUCCAAGAUUGCCAGAAGGAUAAGAAAGGAGAUUGUAAAGGUACGGCGGAAGUUAGCCAUUCAGAAAGGUCAGCAUGCCAGUGACGUCGAGGACAUGGCUGACACCGCUUCAGAUAUCAAUGAUGACUCUGCACCAGAAGAUGGGCCGGAUCUCUCAAUUGCAACAAAGUCUCACAAAUCAACUGAAAAGGUCCAGUUUAAAGGAUCCUCCAAAGACACCCCCACCAGAGGGAGGGGCAGAGGGCGGGGGCGUGGUCAGGUUGGAAGGCCCAGGAAAAAUCGCAAUGAUUCUGAAAGCGAAUCUCCAUUAGUGGGAGCAAGGCUAAUAGAAAAGAGAAGGUCAUCUGACAGCUCACGGACAACAGAAUCUUCCAGCACAUCCUCCAAAGACAGCAACUCCUCUAACCUAGCACACAGUGGCGUAAACCGUCGCACAUCUGUGUUGUUUGGCAAGAAGAACUUUCGCAGCAAUAAAAAUGAUAGCUCUGCUCCCAGUAGUCCUGGCACACCCACCCAACCCUCCACCCCUCCUCGCAGAAAUUCCAAAGGGAGUCGAUCCUCGAAACAAAAGGGGGACAACACCGACUCGCCACAGCCCCCUGUCCUGGAGCCAAUGACAUCAGGUCAUUCUUCCUCCAGAGGACCAGCCAGUCCUAAGAGCCCAGGUGUCCGAAAACGAUCUGCCAGUGCAAUAACCUCCCCCGAACGCGAAUCCAGACCAACUCCACCGAAAAGGACCACAUCCCUCAGUGAGCCCCUCACAUUCUCAGACCCACCUGACAUUACAAAGAGAGAUAGUUUUCGCUACUACAGAGGUCCAGAUAACUUGCGGAGUUCAUCCGAAUCUGACAGCACGUCGGUGAUAAGUUCAAGUGACGAGUCCUUAACAGACAGUUCUCUUGGCAGUUCCAGUUCCAACAGUCGUUCAGAAUUAAAUUCAAAUGGACUUCCCAAAUUAUCUGAGGAGGGAACAGAAAGCGAUUCCUCUACCUCCCCCGCCGCACGUCGCCAGGGUCGAGCUCACAGGAGUGGGAGUUGUGAUUCUGAAGAUCUUAUUCCUUUGGAGCCCCUUGACCUAGUUUGGGCAAAGUGUCGAGGAUACCCGUGGUACCCGGCUUUGAUAAUUAAUCCCAAAAUGCCAAAAACUGGUUACUUUCACAAUGGCGUUCCAAUCCCGGUUCCUCCAGAUGAUGUGUUGGCUCUGCAGAGGAAAUACGACGAGCCUGUCUAUCUCAUCCUGUUCUUUGACACGAAACGUACCUGGCAAUGGCUGCCAAGGAACAAACUUGAACCGCUAGGAGUUGAUUCUGGUUUAGACAAGGCUAAAUUACUGGAGAACAAAAAACCGAAUGUCCGGAAAGCUGUGCAGAAAGCCUACGAGAAGGCAAUACUCCACAGGUGUAGCGUGACGGGGGAACCCAAUCCUCUGUCUGGGGACUCCGAGCUGGAAGAUCAGGACUAGGAACAUCAGGCUCACUACAUCAGAAGGUGUCGUCACUUCUAAAGUGAUGGGGAAAGUGGUGGAAAAGAUGUCCCGCCAAAAAAUAGUAUGAUAGGUGGAAACGGACUCUGUAUGAUUGAAUUUGUAGGGGCUGAAUCUGUGGUGGUUUUCAUUUAUUGGCUGUUUCAAUAUGGUAAUAGCUUAGGUAGGUUUUCAGUGCAAUGUAGUUUUAUAAAGUGCAUCUGAAAUGAUGGAAAAUCAGUGUCGCAGUUAAAUUUGUUUAUUACAGUGAGAGGUGACUCCAUUUCUGACUGAAAUAAAUAGGUACUGUCAUAAGAUGACAUGAGCAAAGAGGAAAGAGAACAAAUUAUUUUAGAAGUCUAUCAGGAAGCAAGAAAUAGGGUGUGUUCAUUGAUUGCAGUCAUUAAUUAGUAAUUGAUUAGUGUUAUUUAUUAAAAUCUAUGUAAUGGUGCAAAGAAUUUUAAAAUGAGCAUAAGAUGUAAUGAUGGCAACUUUUCUUUGUGUACGUUGUUAAGAUUUGCAACAAUAUGUAUGUUGGAACAAACUAAUGAAUUAUGAUGUGCAAGAAAAUAUUAAGAGUGCUGUAUCGCCAUUGGAGAAGAUGGCACGAUGGAAGUCGUGUAACAUUGUCAGAAUGUCCAUUGUGUAUUCUACAUGGCAGAGAAAAUGGAUAUUUUGUGUUUUCUGUUGAUUGUUAUUUCUAUUUAUUCUUUUAUAAGUCAUUUGUUUCGGUGUUAAGAACCUCCUUUCUGUUGUUGUUAUUAAUGUUUCUAGAUAUGUUCAAAAUAUAUAAAUAGAAAAUUCAUUUAGACCAAAUGUUAUCUGAUGAUUGUCUUGUGAUGCAGAAUGUGCACACAAAUAUGAUUUUUAAUGUUAUGUAUAUGUGUACAUGUAUAAGAUGUUUAAUGUUAUGUAUAUGUGUACAUGUAUAAGAUGUUUGCAUGCAUUACUUAAUGUGUUGCACACAAUUUUUACCUGGGUUGCAAAAAAAUAUUAAACCCAUGAAUUCAAAAGAAACAAUAUCAUUAUGUGUUUAAAUUACUGCCACAGUUUUAAAGUUUCUUUGAAGUAAAGCAUGUUCAACAUCCAUUUUCAUCUGCAUUUGCUAAUCAUUUUAUUCAAACAUAUUUUUAAAGAAAAUGAACUUGCGUUUUGUAUAGAAAAUAAAUUGUAUAAAUCUUUUAA